AACGUCACAGGGCAGGUCAAACCUGUUGCUACUGCGAUUAUAGAAUUAAGUUUGUUCUUACAGCUGAGAUUCAAGAGAUCUGACUCAAAGCGCAUAGCAUCACCAAGAGAAGAAGGAAAGAAGGAAUGUUUUCUGGGAUAAGCAUGUACACUUUGUCCUUCUUUGCACUUUUUCUGAUCAUCAUACUUUUUCUUAAAUGGCGGAGGAUCAGGUUACCAAAUGAGCCACCAUUAGUUAAAGGUUUUAUUCCAUGGCUGGGUCAUGCCUUUGCAUUCAGCAAGGAUUGUGCCAAAUUUUUAUUAAAAAUGAAGAAAAAAUAUGGAGACAUCUUUACGGUCCAACUAGCAGGACGAUAUGUAACUGUUUUACUUGAUCCUCAUUCAUUCAAACCAGUUGUGACAGAAUCCAAUACAAAGCUGAACUUCACAAAGUAUUCAGCAAUUUUAAUGGACAGAAUCUUUAACCUUCAGUUUCCUGACUAUGAUCACAACAAAGAAAAAGCUUUGCUGAAAAUGCAGUUACAAGGGAAAAGUCUUUCAUCAUUGACACAGGCAUUUCUGUCUAAUCUGAAAACAAUUUUACUGAUUGAUGAAAAUGGAACAAAGAAUGUCUGGAAGAAAGAAGGAUUAUUCAACUUCUGUUAUGAUGUUAUGUUCAGGGCAGGAUAUCUUACACUGUAUGGAAAUGAGGCUGCACAAACUAAUCAGCAAGCAUCAAGAGUUAAGGAUAGAAUUCAUUCAGCUCAAGUCUACAAGAUAUACAAGAAACUAGACCAACUCUUGAUAAAAUUAGCUCGCUCCAUGUUAUCUGCUGAUGAAAAGAAGGAAGCUGCCUCGGUAAAAAAAUAUCUAUGGCGGUUGUUGUCACUGGAGAAUCUAAAGGCAAAAGUGAAUAGAAGCAAUUGGCUUGAAAGCUACUGUGAUCAUCUUCAGGAACUGGGCAUACAUCAUGAUAUGCAGGAACGAGCAAUGGUACUACAACUCUGGGCAACACAGGGUAAUGUUGGGCCUGCAGCGUUUUGGCUGUUAUUGUUCCUGCUGAAACAUCCUGAAGCUAUGUCUGCAGUCCAAGAAGAAGUCAAGAAGAUCUACUUCAAUUGUGUAAUGUCUACUAUUAGUCAGGAAGUUCUUGAUAAUACUCCAAUUUUUGAUAGUCUUUUAAAUGAGACUCUCCGGCUGACAGCAGCACCAUUUAUUACUCGAGAAAUUCUUCAGAAUAUGUCACUGCAGCUUGCAGAUGGCAGAAAGUAUCACCUCCGCAAGGGAGACAGACUCGUUCUCUUUCCUUAUUUAAGUCCCCAGAUGGACCCAGAAAUCUAUGAAGAUUCUGAGAAUUUUAAGUAUGAUCGAUUUUUGAACCCAGAUGGAACAAAGAAAACAGAUUUCUUCAAGGGUGGAAAACAGUUGAAGUACUACAACAUGCCUUGGGGUGCAGGAACCAAUGUUUGUAUUGGACAAUCUUUAGCAACAAAUAGCUUAAAAGUGUUCGUUUCUGUAAUGUUAAAUUGCUUUGAAUUUCAACUUACUGAUCCAAAGACAGAAGUUCCAGCCUUUAACACAAGCAGAUAUGGAUUUGGACUGAUGCAGCCAGAAAAUGAUAUCAUGUUUCAAUAUAAAGUCAAGGUUGAAUAGCUCAAAGAACACUAUGCCAUAGGUAUCACAAUCUACAAGUGUACACGGAGCUUUAUCACACUCAUUUUGGAACUCUCAUUUUUAUUUACUUCAUGAAAAUAUAUCUGUUCCUGCAAAUGUUUUAUUUUUAAGAAGAAAAGUUGAUGGGUAGUGAUAUUUGUAAAUGAAGCAUUUCUUUAAAAAGUGUAAUUAGAAUUCAGAAUAGAAUUUUAGAUGAGAAUAGCAUAACAUAAUGUUAUGAAAAUCUGUAAGGAUAAGUAGCUGUAGUGUAGAACUGGAAACAGUUAUUACAAAGCACUUAUAAACUUUUUAAAUUAUUUUUGUUUUGUAAUAUUUAACAAAAAAAAUGUAAAACACAAUAUUGACAGUUUUGCUGUGAAAUAACCUACAGAAUUUCAAAGAACAUGUACAAUUCUACCUAUCUGUUGUUGUUGACUAAUGUCACAUUUAAGUUAACUGACUAUUUCAAAGAAGUUGUCCUCUUGUCAAAGUUUAUAUUUUAUUUCAGUUUAGCUUGUAAAUUUCUUGAAAUAUUGCCACUGAACCAGAAGGAACAAGUAAAACAUGUGACAGAUUGAAAAAAAUAUUGUAUUUAUAUAGCACCUUUUACAACUGUGGAAUUCUCCAAACUGGACUUUUCAUCCAACAAAGUAUUUUUGGAGUAAUGUUGCCAAGGCUCCCUCUGAAUUAAUGUUUGGAAAGACAAAGACUUGUGUUGAGUAGGAUCAAACACAAGUCAAACUGGAUUGUUGGUUCAGAUGACAUAUGACAACAGUUAUUGCCAAUCCAAUGGCUCAGAAAGCAAGAGGUAAACCCUUUAAAAGCAAGAGAUUUUGUUUAUAAAUCAGAAGUUGCUUCAUUUUUCUAAGAAAAAAAAUCGAUUGACAUAUGACUUGUAAACCUUAAUAGAGAAUUAUUUUGUAACAAGUAUUAAUUUAAUAAUUGCUUGCUUUGUAACAGAGCUAUUUACAACAAUUGUAUUGAAGUUAUCAGAAAACAGUUUUCAGAAUUAAAAAGAUAGAAUCAGAAGAGAAACCAAUAAUGUUUUCUUAAGAAAAAGUGGUGCUUAACAAAAACAAAAUUUCUUACACUAAACAUUUUUUCUGCAUUUGUGACUCAAUAUAUUUUUAUGACCAAAAUGUUGGUUUUCAUAGCAUGUCUGUUGAGAGUGCAUAAUGUCAAGGCAAACAUGUCUCUGAAAGUAUCAUUAUUCUCACCCACCAUUUAAACAAAAGGGCUUGUUUUGGUACGAGGUAAAGUUGAUUCAAAUAGCAGUCGGCAAGAGCUUUUAUUAUUGUAGUGUUCUUUUUGUUUUCCCGCAGGAAAGUUCUUCUGCAAUGUUUGGAUCAGGAAACAUCAGCUUUAUGAGUUUUGUGAACUGACCUGCAAAUGCAAUUGAUAAUCCAUGUUCUGCAAUGACUUGGCAAAAUGUUAAGCAGUUGUAGCUUUCUGACCUAAAGUCUACUAAUCUGAGCUAAAACAAACUGUUAUUGACUGUUGCAUUUUCGAGGCCACAGCAUGGCUUACAUAUUUGUAAGUUUCCAGAUAUGUUUUGAGGUCAUUUACUCUGGAAUUUCCAGAGCUGAUGUCUUUAACACAAGUCAGUCAAAAAUGCACAUUCAUCUGAAAGUCUGUUUUUUUAAAACUGGUAGAUACAUAUCAAUCCCCAUUAUAUUUACAUGUGUAGUAGCCUGCUUAAUUUGAUUUCCCUUUAUCAACAUGACUAAUAAAAAACUGCAUGUGACUCAUUUGAUUAGAAAAGAAUUCCCUGAAAAUGCAAUGCAGAAUUGUCAAACAAAAACAUAACUCCGUGUAGUCUUCUGUGCAGAACUAAUCACUUUAUUUGUCCAUUGGAAAAAAUACCAUGGUAAUGUAUAUAUUUAGGCAAUAGUUAACAAAUAUCAAAUGAAAAGAAUCUGAAGAGAACACCAACCUUCUGUGUAAACUUGUGUUUUGAUUUCAAUAUCAAUUUAAAGAACAGAAUUGCAUUAAUAGAUUGUAUAGGACACAUACAUAAAACCAGAAUUAGGAAUCAGAAUAUUUAACAAUUAUGGAUGUUUCCAUGAGAUUUCCUGAAGCACUGUCUUUAGCAAAAAGAAAGCUGCAAAAAUAGUAAUGGGCAAGUUAGUACAAUGUCUUACAAAUUAUGGUUUACCCAAAGAAAUAUAAUCGUAUCAAGGUUCAAAUAUUAUGUCAUAAAUAUUCAAAUAAAUGAUGACUAGUUUGGGAAUAAACUAAUUUAUAUUUUCAGUUCAUCACUCACAUUUCAAGGUGCAUUGGAAAGCUAGGACAAAACUUUGAAUACAAUAAUUAAAGCUAAUUACCAAAGAUGUUUGUAUGACUGGAAUAAAAUCUAUCUACAAAUCAGACGCUCCUACUGAGUCUACAGGAAUUGUCCUGUAUUCUGUGUUUCAUCAUUCAUAUAAAUAAUUUGGAUACGAAUAUAAGAGGUAUGGCUGGUAAGUUUUCAGAUGACACCAAAAUAGAUGGUGUAGUGGACAGUGAAGAAGAUUAUCUCAGACUACAAUGGUUCCUUGAUCAGAUGGACCAAUGAGCUGAGGAGUGGUAGAUGGAGUUUAAUUUAGAUAAAUAUGAGGUGGUUAAGGCAAACUAGGGCAGGACUAAUACAGUUAAUGGUAGGUCCCUGGGGAGUGUUGCCAAACAAAGAGAUCUAGAGCUGAAAGUGCAUAGUUCCUUGAAGAUGAAGUCACAGGUAGACAAGGUGGUAACGAAGAUGUUUGGGACACUUGCCUUCAUUGCUCAGAACAAUGAGUGUGAGAGUUGGGGCAUCAUGGUGCAGCCAUUUUGAUGCAAUUCUGUUUGUAUAGGAUGAAUUGUGUUAACUUUGAGAGGGUGUAGUAAAGACUUUCAAGGAUGUUUCCAGGGCUGGAGGAUUUGAACUAUCGGGAAAGGCUGAAUAGCCUAGGGGUUUCGCUGGAGCAUCAGAAGCUGAGGGUGACCUUAUAGAGGUUUAUAAAAUCAUGAAGGGUAUGUUUAGCCAACAUUUUUUUCUUAGGGUGGGGGAAUCCAAAACUAGAUUAGUGUAGCGUUAAGAUGAGAGUGGAAAGAUUUAAAAAGGACCUGAAAGGCACCUUUUCCAAGCAGAGGGUGUUGUGUGUAUAUGAAACGAGCUGACAGAGGAAGUGGUGGAAUUACAACUAUUAAAAUCCAUCUGGAUGUGCAUAAGAAGGGUUUAGAUGGAUGCUGGCAAAUGGGACUCGGUCAGAUUGGUAUAUCUGGUUGGUGUGGAUGAGUUGGACUGAAAAGUCUGUUUCCCUGCUGUAGGAAUCUCUGACUCUAAAUAAUAUAUGGACAUGGGGUGAGAGGGCUACUUACAGUAAUUAAAAGAAAAAAUGAUAAACUAAGGCCCAAAAGUAACAUUUCAAUGCUAUGUUUCAAGUUUCUUAGAGAAACUGACCAAUGUGACUAACAGUGUUUGAAUGGUGCUCAACAAAGGAUGAAAACUAGAGCAGGUGUAAAGUACAAAGUUUGAACCUUUAUGGUCUGAGACAAGGUGUUAGUAUUAUUACCUAUCUCUGGAGUUCCAUUAAAGGUUUACUGAACUUUAUCAAAUCAAAAAAAAACUCAAUACCCUAAAUUAUAGUGAGUACUCCAGAGAGAAGAAAGAAUCAGUGAAUGUGUCACAUUAAUAUUUUUAAAAGAUAUCAUGGCAGUCAUGAUAGUUUAGAGGAAAGUGUACUUAAAGUAGUGAAAGAAAUAGGGAAUGAAAUGUCUGAAAGAUUGGACAAUCAAAGAUGAAACUUCAAAAUUUACCUUCUAACAAACAGGCUCAAUCCAGAGAAAGUAGCUCAUGUGAGGGAAGAAAUUUAAUUCAUGAUGGACAAUACCUUCAAUGAACUAAAUCAUAGAAGCAGGAGUUUUAGCUGUUGUGAUGGUGCUGAAAUUAAGUGAGUCUAAAGUCAAAGGUGUAAUAAUGGCAGGUUUGAGAUUGAAGGACUGCAUUGGACAACUGGAAACAUAAUUUGUGACAAAAAUUGAUUUGCUGAAAGAAUAUUGGCUUGUUCUAUUUACUGAUAGAACCAAAGAAAUAACAACUUUAAUAAUGCAAAGUCUUGUCAUUUACAAUGAAAAAUAUUCCCGCAAUGUUUCAAAGAUUAAUUAAUAAAGUAAUUGAAGGCAGAUGUUACUGUGUUGCUUGUAUCAAUGAUUUGGUUGCUUUUAGCCAAAUCUGGCCAGAACAUUUCCAUCACUUGACUGAACUGUUCGACUGAAUACAACAAACCAGUCUGGUUCUAAUCCUGGCCAAGAUUGGCUUUGUUAAAGCAAACAUGACUUGUUUGGGCCAUAAUGUGGGACGAGGCCUAAAAAAAGACUGAAACUAAGAUAAAUUUGGAUUCUCGUGCCUGAAGCGAAAUGUGAAAUUUUGUAUAAUGCGGGCAUGAGUUGAUUUUAUUGCACAUUUGUCUCUAACAUCAGGGUUGUUGAUGCACCUUUCACAAAUUUGUUGAAGAAAGGCAGAAACAUUGAAUGGAUGCAAUAUUGUCAGAAUGACUUUUGAAAUUUGAAAGCUGUGCAAAUAAUAAGAGGCCAUUCAAACUUACUGUUAAUGCAAGUGAAAUCAGAGUACAAAGCCAUCUAAUUGCAUGAUGAUUAAAUGGGAUUGAACAGCAUGUCAGUCAUUUUUCAUAGAAAUGGAUCACAUGUCAGCAAAAAUAUGCAACUGUUGAAAAAAAGACAUCAAGCCUUAUGGUGGAUACAUAUCAUUUUGAAAUAUACAUCACCAACAGUGUGGAAGAAAUUGUUAUUUAUAUGGAUCAUUAUCCUUUGAUUUUUCUUGAAAAAGUUUGGGAAAUGAGAUUAAUAACUAUUUUUGUGGAGCUUAAUUCUCCAACCAUAUAAUUUUAAAAUCAUUAAUGUUCCUAAAAAAGAAGUAUUACAAUGAAUGCCCUAUUGAGAGCACAUACAAAGGACACUGAGUGCUGAGGUGCCCAUGACUUACGUGAAAUCUGGUUGCUAUGUAACACAUUGUACGUUUAAUGUUCAUAUGUCACUACUGUUAACGUGACAUAGAAAAUGAUUUUAAGAUCAUAUGUAAGGGGAGUGAAAAUGCCUUGAAAAGAUACAUUUUCAUUCUUCUUUGGGGGAUAUGCAAAGUGUGUUUUUUUCUAUAUGUACUAGCAUCCUUUAUUUUUAAGAUUAAAUUUGGAACUAGUGUCAUAUAGAUUGGUCUAUGUGCAUAUAGGAGUUUAAUGAACAACCUGUCAGUAUUUCCAAAGCUACAUUUUUUUUUAAAAGAAGCAUAAUUGAUAGAUUUCCUAGAUUGGUAAUGGAUAUUUGUUUGCAUUGGGUGAGUUUUGUAAGUAACCAAAGUAAAUAUUGAAGAUCAUUACUUAUCUUUCCGUUUGAAAGACCAGGAUUUUGUUUUGUGUUUUGCUUAGGGCAACAUCUAUAACUCAAAGUAUUUUGGCUGCAGUUAAGAUUACUUUGAAUUAGUUCUAAAUAAAAUUAAAUGUGUAAAAUAGUUUCACCUGAAGAAAAGAAAUAACUUAGAGCUAUUACAAAACAGGCUACCUUAGUGUAAAUAUUUCAGUUUAAAAGUUCCAGGCCAGUAGUGUUUGCUUAGGAUGCCGAAAGGGUUAUUUGAAGCUGAGAAAAUCUAAACUUAGUCUGUGAACACUCAAAGAAGAGGCUAUCAACAUGCAAGACAGGAGUUGAAAGAAACAGUUAAAUUGAGCCUAGAUGUGAUUGAGAAAGUAUUCUCUCUGGUGUUUGAUUAUUGUAAAAAAGGUUGCUGUUGGGAUAAAAUGGGUUAUAUUUUACUACAUGUUUCAAAAUCUUUAAAAUUGUAUGAGUGGUUUUAUUGUAUUUUACCUUCAUUGUAUUUUAUUG